UGCUCGGGAGGAAAGCGAUGGGGGAACGCAGGCCGCGCUGAGCUGCUGCUCCCAUCGCGCCGCGGCUGGGCCUGCAGGACCGCGCGCGGGGGCCCGCAGGGAAGGUGCUAGAGCCGGAGGAGGACGAGGUGGCGGCGGCGGCGGCCGCGGCUCGAGCUGCCGCACAGCGGGGCGAGGGCUAGCAGAGCGCGCGUGGACGCUAGGUGGGCGGGCAGAACGGCCCGGGCCGGGACCAUGUCCCCUGGGAGCAAGGUGAAGAGCGAGUACAUGAAGCGCUACAAGGACCCCAGGUGGGACAUGUACGGGCCCUGCUACCGCGAGCUGCUGCACUACCGCCUGAGCCGCCGGCUGCUGGAGCAGGCGCACAACCCCUGGUUUUGGGAUGACUGGGGCCCAGCCAGCUCCUCGGACGACUCGUCGUCGGGCGGCGGGGGCUCCCCGUGUCCCGCGCCCCAGGGCGCCCCGGCCUCGUCCCCGCCGCCCUCUCCGCCCAGGUCCGCGGUGCUGGAGCUGGAGGCUUCGGAGGAUGCGGACGCCGGCGCCGCGGGUCUUUCAGAUCCAGAAAAGAGAAGAGGAAAGGAUGUGGACACAUCACUCAAAGCCACAUUUGAACAACACAAGGAUUUAGGUCCUCAUGCUGAAGUGGAAGAAUUGCCAAUGAGAGAAGUAGAAGAAAAACCAGAACAACAAAUCAAAACAAAAGAAACUGAUAAACUACCCAGUGGGGUUGAACCUCGACAACAACCAAGUGCCUUGUUUGCUAGAGGAAAUAGGAAAACAGCCAAAAGCCCUCAAAGAUUACCAAGUAAAAUAAGAGAAAACAAGCAUCCAUUUGCUCUUUAUGGCUGGGGAGAAAAACAGACAGACACAGGAAGCCAAAAAACUCACAACGUCUGUGCUUCUGCCCCCAUGCAUGAGAUUCAUGAAUCAGCAUUACGAGCCAAGAACAGAAGACAGGUGGAAAAAAGGAAACUGGUUGCUCAGAGGCAGCGUGCCCACUCUGUGGAUGUGGAGAAAAACAGAAGGAUAAAGCCUUCCUCCUCAGAUAACCCGUGGAUGACAGAGUACAUGAGGUGCUAUUCAGCGAGAGCAUAAAGACACAGUUGCUUGGACAGCCUCUUUUCAAAAAGUGUAAAUGAAAGAAAGAACAAAACAAAACAAACCAUCAAGAGAAACCAGACACAGGUUUCAGAAACCAACUGAUUAUGCAAGGUUUUUCUUAGGGAAUUUCCAAAAGAUUGUUAUAUUCUGAUGAACCUUGGCCACCUACCUCAACAGUAGGCAGAAGUUGAAGCCAUAGACAUUUAAAGUUAUUCAUGAAGAUAAUUCCCUAAAUCUUUGAUAUUCUUAUAAGGGUUUUGUUUUAAAGCAUCUUAAUCUUUUAAGAUACUGACACCAAAUGCCUUUAAAUGGCUAUGGAUACAUAACAUUCAGUAUUCCUCUCUAAGUUUAAGUUCAGCCCAUUCUGUAUAACAACUCAAACUCCAUAGCUAGUCAGAUCAUUCCUCUUGCAGCAUAAGACUCAUCUUCAUUUUGUGCAGUUUUCUUUGUGAAAGAGUUGAUAAAUACCAAGUGAAAAAUGAGUUUCAAUAGUAGUAUUGACUCCAUGUAUAAUAGAAUGAGAACUUUGGUAGUUCUUGAAAAAUUAUAUUUCAGUUCAAUACCACUUCAUAUCGGACACAGUGAUAUUUUAAGAAUUAUCUGAGCUGGGUCAUCUUUUCUCUUUAAAUUAUCAUCUAGGCACUUCUUAAUAGUUCAAAUACAUUCCAAUGAAUGAAGCAUCAGUGCAAUAUGUAUUUAGAGCAUUACUGGAGUUUUUGUUUUUGAGUCAAAGACUGUCUCGUUACCAGCUCUUUUUUUUUUUUUUAGAACACAGUGGGGAGUUAAUCAUUUGCUGCAGUCUGGCCUCUUGGCAUACACCCACCGUGGACUUUUGCCACUUGUAUAGGAGCUGGCAAUGACACUUAGAAUUUAUAGCCUGAAAUUUUAUUUAAUUUGUAAAUUGAGAUUGUCAUUAAGGAUGUAGGAAAAAUAUUAAGAUACCCUUUAGUGAUAUUUCCCACCCCUACUUUCUCUUUUUCUUCUACAGAACUUAACAAUAGCAAAGUCUAGCUGAUGUACAAUAUUCAUAGUUUUGGUUGAAAUACAUUACCGUUUGAUUUUUAAACAGUAGAUCUCAUAUAGAACUCAAUGUGAGAGAAUGGUGGUGUGUGUAUAGGCACAAAUGUAAGAACUUAAAUGGAGUGUUUCUUCUCUUUGUUAUGUUUGCUUUUGGGGUAGAAAAAUGGUUUUGAAAAUACUGGUUUCCAUCAGGUGAGUAAAGUCUUCUCUAGCAGAUACAAUCUGUGGAAUCUAUAAGGUGGGUGAGUGCUAAAAUUCUUUAAUACCUGAAGAUGUGUGAAUGAAAAUUUGGUGUUAGAUGUGAUACUGAGCAUUUCCUUGAUAUUUUACCCUGGGCUUUGAAGUACUAUAGUCAGUUUUUAGAACAUAAAAUCUUCACAUACUGUCAUAUAAAUGUAUUAGGUUUUGAGAACUAAUACUGAAGAAUUGUGAGCUGCUUGUUGUUUUACUUUUUAAAUAUUUGCAUUGUGUUGAGACGAAUGCUUUUACAUAGCGAGCUCUCCUAAUCAUUGAGGUGUAUAUUUAAUAAGAGGAAAUGUUAAUUCUAUGUGUUGUCCAAAACAGCCUUGCUAGUAAUUUUGGUGUUAUUGCUAUUAAAGUCUUUAAACAUUACAGGUACCUAAAAAUCAAAUUAAUGUGGCAAUUUGUGCUGGUGUAACUGAUUGUGAAACCGUUACAUUAAACCACUUCUUGCAUGUUAGGUUUUAGCCAUUAAACUCAAGCUUUUCAUGUUGCAUCUGACAGUCCUAGGAAAGAUGGCCUCGAGGAGUGAUUUACGCCGCACACUCAUGGACUGCUUUAGAAACCAGACUUUCUCUUAGGCUUUCAACAAGCCAGCCUUUCUGUAGUUUAGGAAACAGAGUCAUAUUUAAUGUGCAACUACUGAAAACCCCACAGAGAGAGAGAGAAAACCCAGAAGGCAAUAUUGGUCCAUUUUUUCCCCUUCUUUUUAAGUAGAGGACAAAUUAACAAGAUUUUGAAAGUACUUUUGAUAUUCAUGAGCAACCAAUGAAUCAAUAUGAAUUAAUUAUGAGUCCCCCUCCAUUGUUGGUUAGGGUUUCUUUUCUUUUUUUAGGGGUGAAAAUUACCUUUUGAACCUAUGAAACUUUUAAAGUUUUAACAAUUUUAUGGUCCUACUUUUUUCUUCUCAUUCUAGAAACUAACGUGGUUGUAAUCAUGUUCAUUAUUCUUGGGACAACUUGCGAGACAGUGAGAUAGUUUAAAAUUAUAUUUCAUGUUGAAAAGGUUUGAAACUAUUUGGGAAUCCAGUGAUAUUUGACAUAUAGAAUAAAAUAUAUAAGACUCUUUUUAAAUUUGGUUUUAAGUUCUUAAUUAAAACAGUUUGCCAUAAGUAAUGCUAUUUGUUCUUUUGUGUUUCUUUUUCAGUAAAAGCAGUAGUAGAAUAUUGAAGUAAUAACUUCUGUUGGACCCAAGUGAGUCAGAAUCAGAAUCUAUUCCUUCUUUUAAAGCCCCAGAGACUGCAUUUAUUAAGAAGGUGUCAAAAUACUUGGUACCUCUGGUUAUAGGUAUACUUUUUCUGCCUUAUAAAAUUUCUAAGCACAUUUAUACAUUGUUUUUUACUAAAGGCAUAAUAGGGUAUAGGUUACCUUAAUUGCUCACAUGCAGGCGGCAUAUAUUAUGCCAUGUGAAAGCUUUGUCAUGUGUUUCAUUAAAGAUGGAUUGCUAGUGACAUGGAGGGUGGGCCUGCCUGCUCACUUGAGCCUUCCCCAGUGAACUACGUUGCCACGGGUCAAGCACAGUGGCUGCUGAGUUACCAGAAGAUGUAACUUCCAAAGAGAAUUCUGCACAAUUUACAGGUUUUUUUUUAAAAAAACUUUAAGGUAUUCCCUAUCUUUAAAUUGAUAUUGUUGUACUGGGCCUAGACUUUGUAAAUGAAAUGCUGUAGUACUUGAUACUUAAAACAUUCGUAAGUAUUACUGGCAAGGGGAUGGGGGAGGCAAAGUAUAUAUUAGAAGUAAAAACACGUUUUCUUAUUAAAUUGGCUGCUUCAUUAAAAAACAGUUUAAUGGAAAGUUUUACAUUUUGCUGGAUUAGAUAAUGGUGGUGCUAAGAAUAUAGCCUGAUUCUGUAGUUUGGUAUCAAAUGGCUAAUGCCUGGCCCAUCUAAGGUCCUUACUAUAGCCUUGUGACCAGUUAAAUAAUAUUUAAAAAAGGAUCCUAAAAAUGACCUGGUCAUUCCAAAAUGUUUGUAUUUGAAAAUGGAUUUUUGUACAAUAGAAUGAAUAGGGAGUUAUUGAGUGUAAGGCUCUGCUUAAUACAAACCCUAUGCAAGGAGCUAUGUCUAGAUAUUUGGCCCCAAAUUUACUCCCUUCAAGCCUGCUAGUGUGAGAUGGAAAAAAAGUUGUUUUUUAGUGUUUAUUUCCAUUUUGAAAUUCAGGACACCUGAAUGAAGACAUCAGAGGCAUCUUUUUGAAUUUCUUUUAUAAUUAGCAGAACUGUAUUUAGGAAAAAUCUCCCCAUGUAUGUGUUAAUAUAUUUUGUCUUGAGCACUGCAUUCACUUUAAAUUUCUGAAGGAACAAAGGCUAGGCACAUACAAUCACAAAGCUCAGGCAAUGGGAAUUUUGUGUUGUAUUUUCUAAGAACUGUGUAUUGUUUUUAACUUAUAUUUGAUAUUGCAUUUAUUUGGAAAAAUGUGAAUAAAGUUAAUAUUACAGGCUGAGACUUCUAUUUUGUGGGAAAUAAUUCUGAUUAGUAUAUAAAUGGUAUGAAGAAAUGUAGGUUCCCAUUGACUCCUGAAUAGAUUUUUCAUUAGAUAAAUGUCUGACAAGGUACAUUAGAUACAUCUUGGAAAAAAGAUACUUUCUGUAUGGAGACUAUAUAGGAACUAUGAUUUUUCCUAGUCUUAUCCCUUACAGCUUAUUGUUUUGGAAAAUUACAAAAUAGUGCAUGGCUAAAGUAAUUAAAAAAGAAGUAUGGAAUAAAAAGUGAAAGUUCUCCUUCAACACCACUCCCUCACAAAAAUUCUACUCCCCUUCUCUGAGGAAACCAGUGUUAAGUUCUGUAUGUAAACUUCCAGACCUUUUCUUUAAGCAUUUAUCUAUAGAGUUACACACACACACACACAUACAUAUUUUUGCACAAAUAUGGGAUAAUGCUAUACACAUUCUAUGUAUAUAUUUUCACUUACUACCUUAGAAAAGGUUCUGGUUCCAGGUAAGAUGAAGUAAACACAUACCACCCUUUUGCUCCCACUGAACACAACUAUAAACCUGGAUAGAAGGCAUGGCACAGCUGUUUGAGGACUCUGAAAAGCUAAUGGCAACACACAGAUAAGGAGGGACAUCAGAAUUCUAAGCAGCACUGAAGUGGCAGGUUUACGUUUUUGUUUGUUUCCCUUCCUGAACACACAGAAGUGAGUGGGAUGCAGAAGUGAGCGCUGGUGCCAAGAUCCAAGAGAAGCCUGGCUCUAAGCAGAAGAAGCAAAACAAAACAAACCUGUUGUAGUCAAGUCAGUUCUGAUUUAUAGCAACCCUAUAGGGCAGAGUAGAGCUGCCCCAUAGGGUUUCCAAGGAGCAGCUGGUAGAUUCAAACUGCCCAUCUUUUAGUUAGCAGCCGAGCUCUUGACCACUGCACCACCAGGGCUCCCUAAGCAGAAAAGGAACUCCUAAAGCUCGGAAAGAUGGAGGAAAUGCCCGCCCCGCCCUGUUUCUUGUUUUUCUCGCCAUUUUUCAUGCUAGAGCCCCCAGGUAACCCCGUAACUGCCAGUGAGAGCCUGCAGAAGCUGAAUGUCUGCGGGAGGGGAACUUCAUCUCCAUUUGGUAGAGCUGCAGCACCAAGACGGUGGGGCCAAACUUACUUGCUUUUUUUUCCUCUGUCUUCUGCCACAUGGUUCAAUUACAAACGAGGGUAGUUUCUGGCUGGAGGACGGAAAAAAAGGGGAGCCCCAGGGAACCACAAAGUACUGGAAAGAUAGUAGAGAGGGAAGAGCUCAGGAAAGUGACUCCACAGAGUUUUUUUAAUGAAUUCUUGGCCUCAUCUCCAAUCUGUUCACCCUGCUCACAGGUGGAGUAGAUCCUAAUUAACAUAGCACAGACUUAGAGAACUGAGCCAACAGACCUCUGCUCAGGUCCCAGACUGACCACAAGAUGGUGCACACAUGGGACAAAUACAAAUAGCACAGCAAAGCUUUGAAAACUGAACUGACAUUGGAGCCAAUACCCACAGAAGGUGGGCUGGAAUUGUGGCCUGCUAAAACAAAAAUAUCAACAUUUCCCACAGGAUUUAAAGAAGAGCCUGGAUCUCAUCAUAUUAAAAAUGUCUAUGAUACAAUCUCAAAUUACUCAGCAUGUUAAGAACCAUGAAAAUAAUAAUAUAAAGAAGAACCAAAUGAAAGUUUUAGAACUGAAAAAUAGUAUAAAUUUAAAAAAACUCACUGAAUGGACUAAAAACCAGAAUGGAGAUGACAGAAGAGGUCAAUAAAAAUCAUUAAGCUGAACAACAGACAGAUAAAAGAUUUAAAAAAAGUCUCAUGGACCUGUGAGACAAUAACAAAAGGUCUACCAGUCAUGUCAUAGGAGUCACAGAAGGAUAAGAGAAAGAGUGCAGUGCUUAAAAAAUAUUUGCAGAAAUAAUAGCUGAAAACCUCCCCAGUUUGGUGAAAGACAUAAACCUUACAGAUUCAAGAAGAUAUGUGAAUCCCAAACAGGAUAAACCCAAAGAAAUUCACGCCCAGACCAUAAACUGCUGAAAACUAAAAAGACACCUUGAAAGUAGCCAGGGCAAAGUGAUGAGAAACAACAAUUCAAAUGACAGUGAAUUUUUCAUCAAAAACCAUGGAGUCUAGAAGGAAGUGGCACAGUAUUUCCUAAAGUGCUACAAGAAAGUAACUGUCAACUCAGAAUUCUAUAUUCAAUGAAAUAUCCCUCAGGAAUGAAGGUGGAAUAGACAUUCUCAGAUGCAGGAAAACUUAAUAAUCCAUAGCCAGCAGAUCUGCUCUAAAGGAAGCUCUUCAGACAAGAGAAUACCAGAAGGAAACU